GCGUUAGAGAAGACAAAUGUUGCAUUACAAGUGUUAGAAAUAAAUUACUUGACGAUUCAAAUCAUCAAUAGUCAUUGAGAUACACCGAGAUUCUCUUUUAUUGAUUUAUUUCGCACUUAAUACAAAAACCACGGACUCCAGUACCUGAUUACACAAAGCGACAUGACUUGCAGCUGCACCAAGAAGGAAUUAUAAAAAAGUAUUACAUUAUAUAUUAAAGUCAUCAGUGGAAGGCGAUGUACCAUAUUUUCAAGAUUUUUACUAACACCUUGGUGCCCAUUUCUGAUAACAGCUUCAACAGAAUGCCGCUGCAGUUGACCAAGCCCGCGCCACAGUUCAAGACCACCGCUGUCGUGAACGGCGAAUUCAAAGAUGUCUCGCUCUCAGACUACAAGGGCAAAUAUGUGGUUUUGUUCUUCUAUCCGCUUGAUUUCACCUUCGUAUGCCCUACUGAGAUCAUCGCAUUCUCCGAGCGCGCGGACGACUUCCGCAAGAUCGGAUGCGAGGUGAUCGCCGCCUCUACUGACUCCCACUUCACACAUUUAGCCUGGAUCAACACGCCACGCAAACAGGGCGGUCUCGGCCCCAUGAACAUUCCAAUCAUCAGCGACAAAUCCCACAAGAUCGCCCGUGACUACGGCGUGCUCAACGAGGAGACCGGCAUCCCGUUCCGUGGCCUGUUCAUCAUCGACGAGAAGCAGAAUCUGAGGCAGAUCACAAUCAACGACUUGCCAGUCGGACGAUCUGUAGAGGAGACCCUCCGCUUGGUACAAGCAUUCCAAUACACAGACAAAUACGGUGAGGUGUGCCCGGCCAACUGGAAGCCCGGCUCCAAGACCAUCAAGCCGGACACGAAGGCGGCCCAGGAAUACUUCGUCGACGCUAACUAAGCGCUCGCACUCACUCAAUUAGAUGUUGGAACCACAAAACGUUAAUUUUAUAUUCUUAAAAAUAAAAUAAAACAUUUAAAAACUCA